CCUUAACUCUGUCAUUUUUUCCAUUAGAAAUAUAAAAAAAUAAAAAAUAAAAAUAACGAGUUAAGAAAAUGAGUGGCAGCAAUUCAGUCAUAGCAACUGGGCCGCUAUCGUCGCCAACAGGAGUGACAAGAACGCUUAUAAUAUGCCUGGCCGUAUAUGGCGCCUACCGAGGUCUGCGAGCGCUAUGGAACAAAGACGCAGUCAACCAGGCAAAGCGGCCAAGCCCAGGUAUCAGGUACAAAAAGUGGACAAAGCGCGAGAUAUCAUCAUACACGGGAAUUGAGCCUGGAACCCCCAUCCUUAUUGGUGUCAAGGGGAAAGUGUAUGACGUAUCUGCUGGCAGAGGAUUUUACGGGCCAGGCGCAUCAUACAAUGUGUUUGCCGGGCGCGACGCCUCGCGGCUGCUGGCCACGCAGUCGUUUGACGAUGAUGAUGCGCCAAUCGACACGCUGGACGACUUGACAGCUGAGGAUAUGGAGUCCCUGGAUGCCUAUGUCGGCCUGUUCACAGUCAAGUACAGGUGCGUUGGCGAGCUCGUAGAUAGUGUGGAUAGCGAGUAGCACACAACAAUUGUGCAAUGUUAAUAAUGAUAUAAUACAAUUGGUGGCUUUAUUGGUAGCUGUAG